AUGGCAUGGCAUGCACGCUUCAUCCACAAGGAAACAAUGACAGCUCACAAUACCUACCAUCAAUGGCAGCUUCGAUCUGAUUUCCAUAGUCACCCGUCGUCCGGCACACGAGCACAAUCUGCCGUAUCUGCUGUAUCUGGUCUACCUGGCGACGAACCAAACUGCCCUGACGACGACGUCGUCUACAUAUCUCCCUUCCCAUAUCCAUGCGGAUCGAGUAACCAGCACACCUCUCACACCCCCGGGUGCACCAUGGAAACAAAAGCCAAACAGUCUCGCAAGGCUUCUAGAUGUACUACAGAGUAUUGGGCUAGCCUUGUGCAAUUUAUGCCAGUCGCCUGUACCUUGCAUAUGGGUCAAGGAGGCUGGGAUGUCGCGACUAUAGCAGGUACUCGUAUCAACAAGAUGCACCGAGGCAACCUUGACGAUUCCCGCGACCCCGUUUGGCGGCUGCAUCGCCCUGGUCCUCAUCUUCCACAUACACACUUCAUCCCUGAGAGCCAACAAGCCUCCAUACUCAACGAGUUUGGUUUCGCAGUCAUCCACAGCCCACACGCAACACUCGCACCAGGUGUGACACUGGGCACUCUCUGCUCUCUGCGUCUCUGCCGUGGGCUCUCCGUGACUCCGUCUCUUGCUUCUGGGCAAUGGCCUUUUCUUAAUUCGGGGUUCGGCGAAUGGGAGUUCAGGGCCCAUCACACUUUGCCUGCAUUUCCGACUGCAAUGGGCAAGGGACAGUCUGAGUCGGUGGACUGUGCCCAUCAUCCGAUCUGCUGGGUGAUCUCUGUGGCCUGGUCGCCGCCCGAGGGUCCCAAAGACGGGCAGCACGCAGUUUGUCCUUCUCAGAGUGCGAGUCUGAGCUUGCACCUGUCUUCCCCAGCCAAAAUCAUCCCCCAGUCCGGUAGCCCGGACUCCCAGAGCACCCACUCACGAAUCACCGUCACCAUACCGACCACUAACGCAUUGAACGGCCAGCGCCUGGCGGAUAUUGGCCGCCCGCCUAGGAUGAGAUGGAUCAUGGAUGGGAUCGGCGCUGAUCUCGACAUGUUGGAAACACCACCGGUGAGCGAGGCAAGGGCUGCUAUUCGUAUGUGUUCGACUAUUCGUACAACCAUCUUCAUCUCUGCGGCUUGCCUCGGGAGCAUCGCCUCCGACACCACCUGUCUUGACCAGAGUACGCAGGGUAUUCCCGUUGCAGGUACGACGCGCAGUCAACUAUUCGUAUAUCCAGUUCGCUUCAUCGAGACGAGGCUGCCUCGUGAUUUCAUGUCAAACGUGGCAAUCAAUUCCCAAACCUCUUCGGGCCACGCGGGCGAAACCCUGUCACGAAGUACAGAGGUUCGUAGCAAAACACAAAAUGGAUUUCCAAUUUCACCGCACCAAGAUUCAUUCCUGCAGCUCAUCAGUGACCACCAGUGCCACCGUCCAUUCGUCGAAGACAGCGGUGGCUUGCCGGGAGCCCAGCACCUAGCCAAACGCGGCAUUUUCACAUUUGGCAUUAUCGUCUCUACCCGCAGCAAGGCCCAGCAAAAACAAAGCUUUACGGAUACGUACUGCAAAUGCACCGUCCUAGAUACAGUGCCCAGACGCCUCUCUCAAUUCAGUUCUGUCAUCUACAGACUAGCAGCACCCCCGAGGGAAACAAUUUCACACUCUCUGAAGUCUGGACGGCAACCGGUAGCUGUGUGUCCGGAUGAUGAUCCUCCUACGCGCCUCACACACAAACCAAACAUUAUCAGGCGCGUUGCUUUCACCAGUCUUGUCGCCUCGGAUCGCGGCUCACCUCCGGCAGGGCAGUUGUGUUUCCUCCUCGACUCCUGCCACUGCAAUUCAAACAUUUUGCUCUUCAGCCUGAGGGUCUUCAUACAGGCGCAUUGCAAUCUGGAGAAAGAAGCCAUUAUGCAGACACCGUACUGGACUUUCGCUUUCACGUUUAUUCAGGGGUCAAAAGGCUGGAUCAUCCGUGCCAUCGCACUUCCCAAGUUCAUGGUCUUCAGCAACGACGACCUCGAAUCACGUGCCUUGGAUACCAAGCCCAGGAGGAUGGUUAACAGCGUCGCAUCUCCAGCAAGUCAACGCACGCCGUGGUCACAAGUGAGACUUGUCUUCUCAGAAGCAAGAUAUUAUCAUCCACAACCUGGCGAGGCAUCGAGGCAUCGACUUGGAAAUGAGAAAGCCUCCCCAGCCCUGCGCUUGGUUGCCGCUGGAGACAAUGCCCAUUCCCCGGAUAUGAGCAGGCUGCAUGGCUUGGAGAAUUCAAAUGUCGACCCUGUGAUUGGGCAACCUCACAAACUCUUGGGCGGUCUGCAUGGCCAUCCAUGCGCUACAACGUCCACGAAUUUCCAGCCCUGCGUUCAAACGGCGCUCACGGUUGUAUCAACGGGAAAAGAGGAAGAAACCCUUUCGAGACCUUGGAGUAUCGUUGUGCCUUCGUCCAAAGUACACUAUCAGCAUGUCGUGGCAGAGUUCUCGUGUUCCCAAAACCGGUGGCAACCUUCAUUGUGCUUUGAAAUGGCUCGAUACCCGCAAAUACAGUAUACAAAGAAGAAGAACUUGGAAGUUGGAAGGGAUUCGCAUUGUUGCAUUUCAUCGCGAGUCAGGGUGAAGCUGACCCGCUGCUCGAGAAGCAAAAUGUUGGCUCAGUCUUUUGAGACUCGGUGUAGGGAGUACGACCGCUCAGACGUUCGACCUAUCAGGCGCCUUCAUUUUCACCAGCUCAAGACCGACCGCUGGCCAAAGACACAGUGCAUCUUCAUUCUAUCAUGGAUCUUUCGGCCUAGCGGUGCCCCCUUGAACGAGGUGUCUAGGGCGGUGCCUCGUGUUAACCACCCCGUGGACCGCCGCAAGUUCGCAACCCUAGGGGGGUUCCUGGCAGGCUGGCAAAGAAUCUCCAGACUCCAUCAACAUGCAGGACGUGAUACAACGAGAAAUUCUCAGGCUCAGCCACCUGACGGGAACACUUUCACAAGGGAAGGCGCUGGCGAUCUGAAUCCGGUCCGCUGUGCAAGGCAUUUUACGGAGAAAAUUCGCGGUCCUGCCGUCGAACACAACAGGCCGAGGAAAUACAUAGCAAGCGCGCCAGGUCUGCCAUUGCCAGGCCCAAGCUGGUUCUCCUGGUUUGACACGCGGCUGGCCGUCACUGACAUACUGCGGACGGAUAGGGUUUUGCUUUGGACCCUGAAAACCAAGUCUCAACACGGAAUGAUAGCCGGUCUCCCUUGGUCUCUUCCAAGGAAGGGUUCAGACUCCACGCCGAACUCUACGGGCAAUCGUGUUGACAACUCAUCCGCUAUGAAUGAUCAUCUGGUUCCAGGCCCGAAGAUCGGGUGGGAUUUCAUCACACCAAUACCAACAAACUGCACCGAAUUUUAUCGAUGGCCCACAGACGCAGAGAAGACGCAAAGGCUAAAGUGGUCUUUCUCCAAACUUGUCGUGCCUGUCGUGCCUGUCCAAGGGUCCAACUCCACCAUCCGCCUCUAG